AUGAAACAAUAGAAAAAACUCUUACUGAAAAAAAUUAAAGUAAAAACUUCUCUGACAGUAAAUAAAAAAUCUGCAAAAAGUCUUUUACCACCUUUAUCAAGAAAAGCUAGUUUAUUAGAUGGAUAGAAGGGAAAUGCUAAUACAGUUUUAUCAACUUCAAUGCUUAACUCUACACAACCCUUUAGUAGCUAGUAUAAUUCUAAUACAAGUAGCAACACAACUUUUAUUUAGUAAAACUAAGGAGAAUUUUCUAAUACUGAUAAAAAUUCUCAACAAAGUAGUUACUUUAGUAAAUUUAGGUCAACUCAAGAAGUUAAUUAAGAAGAUAAUUCAAAUAUAGCUCAUAGUUAAAGUUUAGUUAAGAAAGUUAGUUUCUGUGAUCAAAUCAAAAAAAUGAAUACCUAGACAAACAAGGCAACGAAUAUAUAAAACUCUUUUUUGGAACAAAUGUAAAUCGAUACAAUAAAUGAGAUGAAAAAAAAUGAUAAAAAUAAUAAUUUAAAUAAAUCUAAAGAAGAAUUAAUUCUUCUAUAUGACUCAAAAGAUUAAUAAAAACCUUAACAAAAUAAUGAUUAUGAAUCGAAUAAUUACCAUUUAUUAUCUUUAAAUGAUAACAGAAGUGAAAUGCAAAAAUAAAAUAUAGAUAAUUAAUCUGUAAUUUUUGAAAAAUCAAUAGAAAUUUAUGAUAGUAAUGAAAAUUUAUAAGAAAUAAGUGCUUAAAAUGAAUUUGAAAAUUCUUAUUUUGAAAGUAAUAUAAAAAAUUUAUAAAUGCCUAAUUUAGAACAAUAAGAUUUUAAUUAAAUUAUCAAUCAAGACUAAUAAAAUUUAAACCAAAAUAGUUAUCUUGAAAUCUCACCCUAGAAGGAAUAAAAAUAAUAAAAAGAAAACCUAAAUUCUUCUUCUCCAAAAUUAGGUUCAAGCGAGUUUUCUUUAAAUAACAAUAAUUAAAAUGAAAAUUCUUGUCAAUAUUAACAUUAAUUGGAAGACAAUAAUUGCUAAUCUAUGAAAAAAUCAAUUUAAAAAAGUUAAUACACAUAAAAUGAUGAAAAAUAAGAGUUUGAUAAAAAGGAAAUAUCAAAUUUUUUAAAUAAUUCAUUUUAAAUGAAUUAAAUUUACAACUAAAAUAAUGAAUAAUAAGAAGAGGAAGAAUCAAUAAAAAAGCAAUCCUAAAUACAGUUUAAAGGUUAAGCUAAUUUAGAUUAUUGCUACAACUCAAACUAAUCCAUAGAUUAUAUGACUAAAAGUGUUUAAUUUUAUGAUUCAGAAGAAAAUUCUAUUUAAAACAAUAGAUCUGACUUUGUAGAAAACAAUUAAAAUGGUCUUUAAUAAAAUAUUACGUUUGAGUAAUAUUUUUAGAUUUUAUCUUAGAAAUAGAAUAUUCAAUAAGAAAAUGGCUAGUUAACACUGACCUUUUCUAAGAAUAAUGACUCUACUAAUUAGUGUAUUGAUUUAAAAAAUCAUAGAGGCACCUUUAAUAAAAAUGAACAAUCCCAAAAAUCUAUUUGUUAAAAUUUUUUAGUAGGAAUUCCUUAAGAUUGUGUGCAUUCUCAUUAUGAUAUAUAAGAAUAAAAAUAAGUAAGAAAUGAUUUUUCUGCAAAAUUGAAAUAAAUAGUUUAACAUAAAUAACUUCAAUUUCAUAAUUAAAAAUAGCAAAGUUAAACUGAAAAAAUAGAUUAAAAAACUAUUGUGUCUGAAAAUUAAAUAAUAGACAGCAAUAUUACAACUGACCCCUCAUAUUCGUAUCAAUAAUUUAAAUUACAGAACUAAAAUUAAUAAUAGAAAAUGCUAACAAGUAACAUAACCAAUGAAAAUAGAUUCUCUUUCUGUAACAAUGCUUCAUUUAAUGAUAAUCUUCAUCUGUAAAAUUAAUCAUAAAAAAGCUAUUAUUACAAUAAUAUUGAACAGGAAGAUUAAAUCAAGCAAAUUUAAGGAAGAAAAAUAAAUCAGUAAGAGUUAAAUAAUGAUUUUGAAAAUAAAGAAAAUAAUUCUUUAAAAAAUAAAUUUGAUAAAACUCAACAAAAUUAAAAAGCCAAAUCACAAUAAUAAAAAGUUAAAAUUGUCUAAAUAGACCUAUUAAAAGAGCUUUCAUAAAAUAAUCUCAAAUUUGAUUAAGAUUUUUAAGAGAAAGAUAAUGUUUAUGUUCCUUAAAUAUUCUAUAAUGAAAAUUCACAAUAUAGGCAUUAAGAUCACAAUUAGUUAUCCUAAAAUUUAUACCUGCUUUUAUAAAUCAAAUCAUAGAAAAUAGAAUUCUGA